AAUACCAGUAAGUGUUGAAAGUGUCGUGAAGUAGUAUUGUGUAAAUAAUUUGACUUUAUUUGUUUAUGACUAUAAUCAAACUGUGUGUUUUGGUGAAAAAAGUUACUAGGACUUGUAAUUCAACAUUUUUAUUCAGUGCAAUUGCAAAAACUCGGUGAUUUAUUCGAAGCAACUAAUAUGAUUAACCAAAUUUUCAUUUUUAUUUGGAGAAUAAUCUAGCCCAUUUAAUCCAGAUGCAGCUACCUUAACAACAACUCACACCUCCUGAGUACUUCCUUGAUGGGAACAAUGAAAUAUCCCACUUUCUCUCAAAGUACCAGUAUGGCAGUCAAUAACGGCACGCAUGUCGACGACGUCGACCCCCUUUUCAUCUCCUCCUGUUGGGGCUCCAAUAUACAACCUGAAUUCAUAGACGCACAUAAGCUCCUCCUCGACGGUCACAUCAAUAACUUGGGUAAUGAUAAACUAUUAUUGGAUACCACCCUCGAAGAUGAUGCCGUAAUAGAAAGUAAAGAUACAAUGGAAGUGUUGGACAAUCUUAUUUUGAGCGCGCAAAAUAUAAAUACUAGUCUGGCAGAAUUGAAACCUUUACCACCUUUCACAGGUUACACAGCUAAUCUCAGUAUUAACGGUAUACCAGGUCACCAUUAUCAUACAAUAUCCCAAAGAAUUCCCGAAGGGACCAACAACAAUUACAAUAAUUUUAGUGAACAAAACAUAGUAUCUAGUUCGACGUGUAACGCAAAUGCAGACUCAGCUAGUGAACAAAGUACUAAGGCAUUUUUUUCUAGUGACAGUUAUACGGAUUGUGUCGAUCCCGAUUCAGUAUCUUCCUUAAAAUAUGAAGAUUGCAGUCAAAAUGCCGUAGAUUCUGAAACGACUGUGAAAGAAGAAGAAGAAAAUGAAGAAUAUAUGGAAGAUAUAGCGGCGAUAAUAAGUUCAGCUAUAGCUGAUACAACUACUGUUCCUAAUAAUAAUAAUCCAGACAGCGAAGGUCCGACUUGUUCGAGAGGUAGCUGGAUGGAUUUAGACGCAUGGAUCGAUGACCAACAAAAAGGUUUAUUGAUAACGCAAGAAGGUUUAUCUGAGUUCGUUAUACCAUCCGUUCAACCAAUCAACGUUCAAGUACAACAAUCUAGUUCGACGUUACAAACUCUUCUAACCCAUGGAUAUAUGCCUUUAUUGCAAAAUAGGCUACAGAACGGUCCACCUAUUAAACAAGAAAUGCCCAGUUCUACGAAUUACGGUAACGAUAUGAUAUCAACGAGCAGUCCUCCUUCUAACGUAGUAUCUACGACGGAUAACCUCUUAGUAACUGUCAAUGGAAGGUUCCUCCCACAAUACAUUCACAGUUUAAACGACGACCACAGGAUAACAAGUCCUGAUAUGCUUCAAAACUAUCCUCAUACGACAACCACCACACCUAAUACCCCUAAAAAAUCCCGAAGUAGAGCUCAGAAGAAGCAGCAGCAACCAGCGACUUCUAGUGUUUUUCAAACAGACCAGACUUUAGGUCUUUUGGGUAAAGAAAAACCGGUACAUCGAUGCAAUAUUUGUAAUCGCGGAUUUUUAAAUAAGAGUAAUAUAAAAGUUCACGUCAGGAUCCAUACAGGGGAAAAACCUUUCCGAUGCGAUACGUGUGCGAAAGCUUUCAGACAAAAGGCGCAUCUUUUGAAACAUCAACAGAUCCAUAAAAGAAUCGGGCGAGAUUGAAGACAGACAGGUUCAGUUUGUAUGGAACAAAUAGCAGGUUAUAAAAUUCGAUUAUUUGAAUGGAACUUUACUGGUACAAAAUAAUGAAUAUAAUCCGUCCAAAUCAAAUUUGUCACUUCAAGAUCUCUUUGUUAUCAGUAAAAUUCCAUUUAAUUUAUUGAUCAAAACAUAUUGAGUAAGCUGGAUCAGACCAAAAACGAAAUUUACAAUUUUUCUGAUAAUCUUAUAACCGAUACAUUUAAUUAAUUACUGAAUUACCCGGAAUAAAUCAUUUAAGACAUAGUUAUUCUAUACAAGGUGAGUCAAACUAUAAUUUGUUUCAUGCUAGAAUUACGAAUUUAUAGUUUCUUUUUAUUUGUGUUAUAUUUUUACUUGGUUUCUUCUUCUGUGAGAUGCUAAAAACAAUUCGUGCUCCACUCAAUUUCUAUUGUUGUCGAUUGUAGGCUUAAAACAAGGUAGUUAGAGGUAAUUACAUGUUUUAAAAUCUUCCUCUCUAUUUUAAUUUUUUACUGAUUACCAUGUAUUUUGCUGUUUUUAUUCUGAGAUCUUCAUAUUAUACUUUUUCACUGUGAUAUUGAAUGUAUGUGGUGGUUUUUAGAAAUUUUCGUUGCAUAUAAGGUUUUUUUAGGUUAAUAAAAAAACAUACUACAUAAAUAUAUUAACAACGUCUGAGCAUGACAGAUUUUUUUCGAGAUCCUGAUCGUUUUCCAGCAAUUUUUAGUUUCAAUUAAAAAAAAACAAGCAAAAAUUACACCGAAACAACCGUUUAAAAUAUUUUUCUCAUAUAGGAUGUGGUGUACGAACCUUGCAACGUAAUACGGUGGAUAGAAAUGUUAAAUAAAAAACCCAAAUGUAUUGCCUUUCAUCCUAAAAAUAUGAAACUACGUUUUGUAGACAACUGAAGUAUAAUUAUUAUGGAAAAACAUAUCCAUUUUUCAAUAUUAUCUCGUUCAAGACAUUAACACUUUUCUCAACAAGGUUCUUGUUUUUUUUAUUAUUAAAACUGAAAAUAACCGUUAAUUGCUAACAUCAUUGUAGACCGAGAUAUUUUUGUAAGUUUGGAAACACGAAACUGCAAUGAAGGACUCGUCAGGUUGUGCAAUAUCUUCUCAAUCGUUUUCAAUUGAUUUCUUUCUUUUUUAGAGCCGUUUUUUCUUAUCAGUGUAUUGUGUUGAUUGUUAUAUCAUCUCAUGAAUCAAUGUUUAUGACAAAGUACCUUUUGCUGUAAGACUUUGCUAAACACUCAAUUUAAAAAUCUUCAUGCCACUGUUUUAUUCAGUGGGUCGGCAAACGUGACAAUCAUCUUGCAUACAGCCAAAUUUCGAGAUAAUGUGCAAUGUACUGUACGUUUUGAAGUCCAAUAUCGCCUCAUGGAUUUUCUUCGCCAUUUCUAAAGUCGUCUACCAUUGCGAUACUUGUUUUAGCAGUCUAUAGAGCCUUGUAUAAAUCUGCUAUCCAUUAUUUCAUUGUUAUAAAUGAAGGAACAUAAACUAUUACAACAAUAUCCAAUUUUCUGAAUUAUUACAAAUUUACUUGUAUAGUUAUCAUCUUGGAUCUUUCAAAAUUGAUAAAGUUAAAUUUUCUAAUACAAAUUCAGAACUAAUGGAAUCUCCCAGGUAUUCUAUUGAUUGUUAGUAAAUUAUUCUGCAUAUUUAAUUGAUAAUAACAACAAACUGUUCAUUUAUUUGAAAAUAUAUAUGUAUAGAAACUAUUUAUAAAACUGCAUUUAUAAAAUCGAACGAGUCCUGAAAGGAUAAUGAUUUGUUGAAUUUUCAAAAUAAAAUACCAACUAUACUGAUUCUAAAUAUAAAAAAAGCUUGUAAAUGUUUUGUUUUUGGUCUAAUGUCUUCUAACGUGCUAUAAAAACAGGUACCUCAUUGAGAAUCUCAAAAAAGAAUCCCAUUUAUGGACAAUGUGCAAUUAUUAUCUCUAACAAAGGCAUGUACAUAUUUCAUAUGAACAAAUCUUUUUUGAAAAAGCAAUUGUAAUAUCUAGUCAUAACUGUGCAAGAAAAUAAACAAUGGUUUUAUCUAUGAAAACUUGAAUUUGCUCUGGUUAAUUUAAUUAAAUCAAAUAAAUGGCGAUAAAACGUACAGAAGAAAUACACAUUUUAUUACAUACUUUUUUAGGUGAUAGAAAUAUGUAUAUUUCUUAAUUUUACAACGUUUAUCGCUUUUAUAUUCUUCGUCACUAGGAUUCAAAUACUUUAUUAUUACCGCUUAUUUUAAUAAAGUUUUCAUUUUAUUUUACUCUUAUCGAAAAUCACCUGUUUAUCACUUUUGUAAAAACUAUACUUAAUCUUCAAUAGUAACAGAUGAUUUCGAGAUAUUGUUUGUUAAUUUUAUUUAAAACUAAACCUGACAGGUUCAUAAAUAAUUUUAUCUAUAUCUAUGAAUUUAUUGUCCCCAUAAGUUCAAAAUUUUAAAUAGAAAUUCCUAGAAAACAGUAUAGUUAUGAUUAAAAUAUUACAAUGGCAUCAAUUUUUUAACCCAGUAAUUUAUUAAUACAGUGCUUCAUUUCAGUAUUCGUGUACAAAUACUUUGGGAAACACUAAAUAUACUUCAAAGCUAUUUGCAAAAGACAAAUAUCUAGCUUUUGAUCAAUAUAUUUAAUUCUUAAAGUAUAUCUUCAACUUUCCAAUUAGUAAAACUACAGCACAAUACAUAUAUAGUUAAAGAUUUUAUUACAAUUUGUCUUACUGUAACGAUUGAGCCAUUAUUCACUUGUGAUUGCGUCAUGAAUCGAUUCCAUGCUGCUAAUUCAUUCCUAAAUAUACUAACCAGUAUGAUAUCUCCUCCAUCUAUUAGGAAUAAUUACUUACUUUUAAGAUGUUAUUAUUUUUAAUAAUGAAUUGUGCGACCAGAAAAACGUAAGAAAUAGUCAUUUAAUACUUAUCGGUAUAAUAUGGUGUAGUUUAAUAAACUGAAAAUGGAGUUAAAUCAAGCACUAGUCGCUCAAGAAGAAUUUAUAAUAAUCAAAUUUGAAAUAUUGGUUGUAAUUUACUACUCCAAUUUCAGGUCAGAGUUCCAUUUUCUUCCUAAUAUUCCUUGGCUGUUUCUCGUGAUUUCCCUCUAUUUCACCAUUGAUUUUCUCCCUGUUUGUUUCCUUUGAGAAUUCUAGUAAGAUCCAACAUUUCUAUAUAAAUAUUUAAUGCAUCCUUAUGUUCUUGAUUUUAGGUCUCGUCUGUUUUGAAAUUAGCUUUUUUAAUAAUUUUAUCUUCCAAAAACUAAUUCUAAAACAUAAGAGUCGAAAAAUUAAGAACAUUAAGAUACAUUAAUACAUCAAAAA